AGUUACUCUUGGAAGAGAUUAAUCGGAUUUGCGCAGCGUUCAACUCGCUUAGCUGGAUAUUUAACCGAUUGUCUAGCCAACUCUAUGGCCCUGCGGCACCCUGAUCCAAAAUUUGUGCUUCGAGGUACUGGAGCUUCAGUAAACACUCUGCAUUUCUGCUGCAGAGAUCAGGAGGGCUGCGAUCCUAUACUCUUCUCAGGCUCAGCCAAUGGACUAAUACACAUUUGGAACUUAAAGACACACAGGGCAGAUAAAGUGCUGGAAAGCCACAGCGGACAGUCUGUUUUAUGGAUACAAACUUUGCAAGGGAGGGAUUGUCUCAUCAGCCAGGGUCGGGAUGCAGCUGUCUGUACGUGGGAUCUAUCAGAAGGGCGCACUGCAGUGAUUGACUACAUUCCUUUGGAUAGCUAUGGAUUCUGUCAAUGCUCGCUAAUGCAAAAAGAUGUUGGCCAUUACCUUUUAGCUUCCCCGGGCAGCACCUUGUCUGAGGUGAAAAUUUUAGACCUACUUAAGAAGACGCCAGUCUGGAUCCUAAAGCCGCCAGCAGAUGCUAAACUGGGCAUGCCUAUGUGUCUGAAAUUAUGGCAGCCUCUUUCCUGUUCUCGGCCUUUAUUAUUGGUUGGCUACGAGGAUGGGUCUGUGACCCUCUGGGACCCAUCGGAAAAGAAAAUGUUGAGCCGUCUCGCCUGCCACAAUGAACCAAUCAUGUGUCUCGACUUUGACCCGGAGAAGGUCAAGGGUAUCUCCGGCUCCUCAGAAAAGGUUCUCAGCUCCUGGGGACUUGACGAGCAACAGAACCUUAAGUUGCAGAAAACGGUGACACUAGUAAAUGCUGGGAUAGCUGACACCUGCAUUCGUCAAGACAAGAAGAUAUUAGCCACAGCUGGUUGGGAUCAUCAGGUCCGUGUCUUUGGCUGGAAGAAGCUGAAACCCCUGGCAAUUCUACCAUACCACACAGCCGGCGUCCACUGCGUGUCAUUCUCAGAUCAUGUUGUUUUAAGCGAAAGGUUUAUGGCUGCAGGAUCUAAAGACCAGCGCAUAAGUUUAUGGUCCCUCUACAAUGAGCCAUGAAAGAGUUAAUUUUAUACAGAAGCAUCAUCUAUACUCUGACUAAGCUGAAGACUAUGUGAGCAGUAUUGCUUGACUGGUGAUGGAUGAUGUAAGUCAGCUUUGUGUGCAUUUUCUAUUGUAAUUCUAUUAUGGUUGUAAACUUGUUUUCUUUGUGGGUUGUCUCCUAUUGAAUUGAUAAUUAAAUAAAGAGCUUGUAUGUCAAUAGAACUUACUCACCCCAAAACAGUUUACAGCCAAUCAAUUACUUUUGAAUUGUAAUCACUGCUGGUUUGCAAGCAAGUGCAGCAGCUAAUUUGUGCACAAGAAAGUUCCAUAAAUAGCAAUGAGGUUAGCAACCAGUUAAUCCAUUUAUAGCUGGUUUUGAUGGAGGAAUAAAUGUUGGCUAGAACAUCAUGUGAACUCCCAUAUUACUUCACAUAGUGCCAUGGGAUUUUUUUUUUAAAACAAAAGAAAUACUACUUAAGAUCCUGUAGCACAUUACAAAGAUAAGCCUUGCAAUCCAUUGCCACAACUCUAAAUUCUACAACAACUUGUUGGCAUGAGGUAAAUUUAACAAAUUAAUUUAACUGUAAUUCCUCAUGAGACUUCAUUGUGUUUAACACAAUGCUUCCUGUGGAGAGGAGACAGAAAUAAUGUUGAUUUUUUAACAUAAACCCGUACUUAAUCUAAAUGUCUUUGUUUUAGAGUAAUGUUUUUAAAAAUAUAUAUUUGCAAUGCUCCUUUGUGAAACUCUGUACCCACUCCAUUUUGUUCAGCAAGCAAAGAAGCAGGCAACGAGGUGACAUCAGCCAAGCUGAUCCUGUUGUACUGUGGCCACUGAUGUUGAUGUGACUGAGAUUGGGCUCUUCAGAAAUUGUACAUGGGCCAUUAUUUUGUUUUAGAUUUUUUUACCAAUAAAUACCAGAAAUGUGUUCUAAACUCUG